AUGCAUGGUCUGGCGGUCUAUAAGAAGGGGCUUCUCUCCUCCUUCUUAUGCCCCUUUCUCUCCAUUAUCAUCACAACCACUCUUAAUCAAAUAUACCAGCUUCAAGAUCUUCGCAGCUCGACUGACCACUACUCAAAAAAAAAACAUCUUUUUUCCUCUACUUUUCUUAAAGCACACAUACUGAGCUCUCCAGCCAAAAAGAACCAGAAUCAAACAGUCACUACGACUUCGCCAAACCGACUACAAGCACCAAUACAUAAUAUUACCACAACAAUGUCGACCUCUGCAACCGCCUCCAACGCUUCCAGACUGUCCAUCUUCUCCAGACGAAGUAGCAUGGCCAAGAACUCAGACAACAAGCUCUUCUCCAGCGCCUCCUCGAUGAUGAGCACUUCGUCCAUCUCCAGCAUAGCUGCACUCAAGGCUGCCCUGCAUCGUCAGAAAGAAAACAGCUCCGAGCUGUCAAAGAAGACGACUAGAAAACAAACGACUUGCAUCUCACCCACCACGACCGAAGCUGCGAGAGCCAGUUACUUUGCUCACCGGGCGUAA